GUACUUGUUCGAAACAAUUUGAAACUCAAGCACUCCCAGAGGAAAUGUUAGGAAACAACUGUGUCAAUAAAUAAAUUCCGAAUUUUACUUAGUACCAUUUCGGCCAAGUUGAAAGAGUGAUAAAGCAAUAUGAAUGAGGAGCUAGGUGACUUGGGCUGUAUGGUCAGCAUUGCGUUGACCUUUUGUGCGGCUGCCUUGGCGUAUUUAUACGUCUAUCGAUAUCAAUUGAGAACCGGCGGACGCAACCAACUGGAUUUGGCCAAGUUGUGUGCUACCGAUCUGCCCGACUUACCCCCUAUCAAAUUGACCCUGGAUCAGCUGUCGGGUUUCGAUGGGACUCGAAGUGAUGGGAGAAUACUGGUGGCGCUCAGGGGAAAAAUAUACGACGUGUCCAGUGAUUUCCCAGAAUUCGGUUUGAAUGGCACGCUGUCUCAUGUAGCUGGCAGGGACUUCACUUACUAUCUCGAGACAAUUAUGGACAUGCAUAACUCGGAGAUCAACUAUGUGGAUCGGUGGGAAGCCAUUCUGGAGACGAAUUAUUCACGUGUCGGCAUCGUGAUCGAUGAGCUUGGCAAUCCCCUUAUAGAAAAGAUUAGUAAUGUGGGUGUUAAGGACUCAAAGAUCCGAAAUACUGAAAUAGUCGAGCAAGAUAAGGCGGUUAUGGUGGAUGCAGAAGAAAUCGGAGUCACUGUUCCGGAUACUGUUAACUCAAAUGUAAAGGCGAAAAAGACACUAAAUGAGGUUCUAACAGCCGAAACUUUGCCAUCUGAUACAAUACCAGAGAAACAUUUGGAGGAGCCCAAUUCAGAUCUCAUUAUCAACGCGGAGAUGUCUGAUUGUUAAAAAUUAAUAUUUAGCCUUAUCGGGGUUUUCUUUUUGCUUGUUAGGUGAUUUUAAAUUUCUUAAUAAAGUUGGUUGGCUUUGAAAUAAA